UGUCAGUCACUGUCAUAGCUGUCAAGUCCAGCGACGACCAACACUGAUGACUCGGUGAAUCUGUAAAUAAAUACCUUUCUCAUUGUUGUUGUCUCCUUCGAACCUUUGCAAUGCCCCGGAGGUCCGCAAGAAUGGAAGGAAAGCAAAAAUCGACGUCCCACGUCGCAAUCGGGGGGAAGAAGAAGGCUGUUACAGCUUCGCGUGGUGAUUCUAGCAAACCUAGUAGCUCUACCAACAGAAGACGCAGGAAGACCAUUGAAGCAGAGAAGCCUACAAACCCGAAACAACGAGGAUAUCUCGAGCAUUUCGUAAGACAGGCACCUUUGGAUAUUAUGCUGGAGAUCUUCUCGUGUCUUUCGCCGCGCGAGAUCCUAUACCUAUCACGCACGAACAAAGCUUUGCGACAAAUACUCCUGUCUAAAUCCUCCGUUUCGGUUUGGCGCGCUGCUCGAAAUAACGUGGGGUUGCCACCUUUGCCAUCAGAUUUAUCGGAACCUCAGUACGCCUCCUUGACUUCAGAUCCUUAUUGCUAUGUGAGUGGCCAUUGUCACCAUCUUUUUAGCUCUUGAUUAGAUAUACUCUUUCAUUGGAGGCAUGUGGUCGUGGUCCUUGCGAUACAAUAUUUUGGAAAAUGAGGGUCAAAUGUCAUAGGAAGUGUUUUGGGAAUCUAUUCCUCCCGUUACCCAGUCUCCCUAGCGUUAUCAAAGAUUGGUCCGAAGACGUUGCUGCAAUGAUCCAUUUAGGUAUCAAUCAGAAGUUUUUACCACAUCUCGAAAAUGCUUCAAAAAUACCCGUUUUUUUGCCCUCUGUAAUCGAGUCUUUUUAUGCUCAGUACAAGAGGGUGAUGCACGAUGCACGAUCCCUCGAAGAUUGGUUCUCCACAAAGAAACAAGAAUAUAUAUCGAUGAUUGAGCAUAAUCAGCUAUGCGAGGAAUGGCGCCUGCACAAAAUCGAAGAUCGGAAAACAGAACUAGAAGACCUUCGCUGUGAAAGAGCGUAUGCAAUCAUUACUAGGCUGUACGAAGACGGAUGGGAAUCUCAAGACCUCGAUACGCUUGAAAAACUGCAUUAUCGAACAAUCUACCAACCCGUUGCGUUUGACGAAAAUACCUGGCCUGACGUUCGUCCCCACUUCACUCAAUCCUUGGUUCAGAUCAAGGCCGAUCGGUUGAAGCGGGAAGAGAAAGAAGUAUAUGCGAACCACCAUCAACUGUUCCAGUGUGCCUUCGACUCCUUUUGCAAGAAAGACUCUCGUUCUGCCGUUACUGUUCCCAUUGGUGACGUUGUUUUCACCUCCGCGAAGCUUAACGGACUGCUUUGGCGACUUCCAUGUGAAGAAGACGAUCUGUAUACUGAGUUCAUGGAGCUACUCAACCACGAAUUUGCUGAAAUUGCCCAAGGAUGGACUGGUCGAGUGGAACAGGAACUCAUAUCCAUCCUGCGGAACGAGAUACCUAAUGCAGACAUUGAAACAUUGAAGUCCGUUGGCUCGGUGUUUGAAUGUCGAUAUUGUUCAGAACCUCUGUGGUAUCCAUUUCUGCUCGGACAUUCCUGCUUUCGUCGCGGCGGAGAACAAUGCCAGCAUCUCGAGCAAUCCGCAUCCGGUCAUAUCAAACGGUCCAACUGGCGUAACAUCUUUGAUCCAUUCCGUGAAAAGGGUUUCAGUUGGGAUCUAUGGUAUAUGGACUCAACUCGCGUUGCAUACUCAAAUUCCGCCAAGGUUUCCAAGUUUAUGAUGGCGAUACUUUCUGUCUGCGGGUUCAAUCCGGAAUCGACGUCGAUGAAAGAAUUGCUUAAGGCCGAUCCCUUCCUCGUAUGUUCUGAUUGCUGCUCGCGUUCAUAUGGCGGCAACAAGAAGAUCGUAGGAUGGACAAAAGUGUUGCAGGAAUACCACCGUGAUCAUAACCCGUCCCAUCUUUCGAUAGGCGAUCAAUCGGAUCUCGAAAUGCAAGCCAUUGUUUUGAAAGAGUACGAGGGUGAAGAAGUUCGCUUAAUUCGUGGUAGAACUUGUUGGAACGGGGUGAGACUCGGAUACCUACCAUUUUUCUGCAAACUCUGUCGGGGGAGUUCAGGAAGGUUCGAUUUUAAUUCUUAUCGUACUCUCAAGGCACAUAUGAGCAGCAGACAUGAGAUCACGGAUGAGUCUAUCAUAGACGAGACUUGGGAGGUUAACCCAACUACAAGUUUUAAUCUUGAUUUUCAUCCUUACCCCAUUGCACUUCCACCCCACUUCGAAUCGAGAAGGGUCGUGUCGUGAGCAUCGCCUGUACAGUUUGAUAGGAAGUUUGCAAAAGUCGGAAUAAUUUUCCUUUGUUGUAGUUUUAUUUAAAUAGGACGUGUGUCAGAUCACGUGUAAGUCUCGUGGUCGUGAUUUUAAAACCG